AUGGGGGCUGGGGCCAGCGCUGAGGAGAAGCAUUCCAGAGAGCUAGAAAAGAAGCUGAAAGAGGAUGCUGAGAAAGAUGCCCGAACGGUGAAGCUGCUGCUGCUGGGUGCUGGUGAAUCUGGGAAGAGCACCAUUGUCAAGCAGAUGAAGAUUAUCCACCAGGAUGGUUAUUCACUGGAAGAAUGCCUGGAGUUCAUUGCCAUCAUCUAUGGCAACACUCUGCAGUCCAUCCUGGCCAUUGUUCGGGCUAUGACCACGCUCAACAUUCAGUAUGGAGAUUCAGCGAGACAGGAUGAUGCCCGGAAGCUGAUGCACAUGGCAGAUACCAUUGAAGAAGGCACAAUGCCCAAGGAGAUGUCCGACAUCAUUCAGCGCUUGUGGAAAGACUCGGGUAUCCAAGCUUGCUUUGACCGUGCCUCGGAGUACCAGCUCAAUGACUCUGCUGGCUACUAUCUUUCAGAUCUAGAGCGUCUGGUGACUCCAGGCUAUGUGCCCACCGAGCAGGACGUGUUGCGCUCUCGUGUCAAAACCACCGGCAUCAUCGAGACCCAGUUCUCCUUCAAGGACCUCAACUUCAGAAUGUUCGAUGUGGGCGGGCAGCGUUCCGAGCGCAAAAAGUGGAUCCAUUGCUUCGAGGGUGUGACCUGCAUCAUUUUCAUCGCCGCACUGAGCGCUUACGACAUGGUGCUGGUGGAGGACGACGAAGUGAACCGGAUGCACGAGAGCCUGCACCUGUUCAACAGCAUCUGCAACCAUCGCUACUUCGCCACUACAUCCAUCGUGCUCUUCCUCAACAAGAAGGACGUUUUCUCCGAGAAGAUAAAAAAGGCACACCUCAGCAUCUGCUUCCCCGAUUACGAUGGACCUAACACUUACGAGGAUGCCGGCAACUACAUCAAAGUGCAGUUCCUCGAGCUUAACAUGCGACGUGACGUGAAGGAGAUCUACUCCCACAUGACGUGCGCCACCGAUACACAGAACGUCAAGUUUGUCUUUGACGCUGUCACCGACAUUAUCAUCAAGGAGAACCUCAAAGACUGUGGGCUCUUCUGA